AUGGCCGCCUCUCCCCCGUCGCCGCUGCCGACGCCGUCCCCCGAGCCGCUCUCGCCACACCGGACGCCCACGUCCCGCAGCUUCUCGCCAAUGUCCAUCACGCCGCGCUCGUCCGACUCGUCGCCUGCGUUUUUCUACCACUCGACGACAACAAGCGACACUUCAUUCGAGCCCGUGGCGUCUUCUUCCAGUGACUUAAGUACGAAUGUUGCAGCAACGACCCGUUGUUGGCUGCACAGAAACGCCGUCCAGCGCGUCCUGUCCGCCCUCUUUCUGAUGCCGCUCAUCACCGUCUUCUUGUGGCUCUCGCCGGCCUUUGCGACUGCCACCUUCUGCACCUUCGUGACCAGCAUCUGCUCCUACGAGUACGCGUGGCUGCACUACCGGAUCUACGAGCGCAUCUCGACGAAGUUGCACACGAGUGAGUCCCGUCUCACGCAUCGAAACGCCACGACGGACUUCAGCACGGCCCGGCCCGAGCCAUUGGACAAUAAUCGGCGCUCGGUCAACAGCUGUUGCAGCAACGACAACAGCCGUUGCAGCAGUCGAUCCAUUGUUGCAAACGACGACAGGGAGACAAGGCACGAGUAUGGUGGCGAUGGUGGACGAGGACGCACUGGAGGGAGCACGACUGGGGAGACGGCCGUGCUGUCGCCGUUGGGGUUUCCACCGCAGCCUCGAGCGAGUUUUGGACCUCAUUCACUAGAACAUCUGGCAAAUGAGCAAGAAGAGCCAAGCCGUGUUGGCAGCGGGAUCGAUGAAGACGAUGCUGAGGACGCGAGCUUCUCGAGGAGUGCAGUGACUGGCUUGGCCAAUCGCUAUUUUCAUCACAAUGAGUGGAUCGCAGCAAUUGUGCUAUCAACCGUCACGACCGUGUGCACGACGGCCAUGUUUUUGACCUACGUGGACCAUGUCCCGGAACUGCAUGAGAAACAGUUGUACGAACUCCGCUGGUUCUACAGUAUCGCCACGGACUUUGUUGCUGCACUGUGCGCCUUCUCUACGCCGGAUUGGACGUAUGCGUGUGUCUGUCUCGUGGAAAAAAUGAUUUUCACGCUAUUGACUAUGCACUCGACGGCAUGCCCGAUCAACCGCUUCCGGUGCGGUAUAUCCUUGGAGCCAGCUCAGGUGUUCCUCGCAGGUGUGGCUGUUAUCGUUCUCCUUCGUCGACACACUAGCUCAUCAGGACCGUCGGUAUUUCUGCACAUUGCGCUGGACGUGCUCGGCUACCUGUAUAUCAUUGGCAGUCUUUCCGUGAUUGUCGCGUUUGUGGACGACGAGCGACUGGAGUCGUACCGUAAACUGCUGAUCGUGCUGCUGUACGUCGUGUGGGCUUCUGAUACAGGGGCGUAUAUAACAGGCAAAUUGCUGGAGCGCAUGCACUAUCGUCACUACAAUCCUCUAGCAUCGCAUUUGUCCAAGAACAAAGACUAUGAAGGAACAGUCGGAGCCGUUGUGUUCGGUGUCUCUGCGAUGUUCAUCUCCUCCGAUCUGCUUAACGUACCGGGCUCUGCGGUUGCGCAGAUUGGGUUCACUGUGUUGGCUGUUAUAGUGGGACGACUUGGCGAUCUUUUCGAGAGCCUCCUAAAGCGUGCAGCAGGUGUGAAAGACUCUGGCAAGCUGAUCCCUGGCCACGGUGGUGUACUGGAUCGCAUUGACGCACUGAUGUUUGCUUCACUUGUAUUUGCGCGAUACUACGCUUCGAUCGUAGUGUGA